AUGCUGGUCUUCCUACUCCCUCUCGCAGCCGUCACUGCCGAGUAUGCCGGACUCCAGGCGAGGGAAAUGUUCGAAGCCUACAAGGAGAAAUUUGGACACGACUUCGGUGCACAUGAUGAUUUCCGUAUGAAGAUUUUUGCAGAUAAUCUUCGCUACAUAGAGGAAGAGAAUUCUAAAGGUCUGUCCUACACGCUCAAAGUCACUCCAUUUGCUCACCUCACCAACGCUGAGUUCAGAAUGACGAGACUCGGAAAAGUGGGGAAGGAAAGAAGCUUCACCGCUCAUCCUUCAGGAAACACCUUUGGUUAUGAGGGCUCCGUUGAAGACCUUCCAGUGGUUGUCAACUAUGUUACCAAGGGCUGGGUUACGGGUGUUAAAGAUCAGGGAAAGUGUGCCAGUUGCUGGGCCUUCUCAGCUACUGGUGCCCUCGAGGGUCUUCACAAGAAUCUCACUGGGGACCUCGUGUCACUCUCGGAGGAAGAGUUACUCGACUGCAGCUUGAGUUAUGGAAACGCGGCCUGUCAGGGUGGUGAGAUGUAUGAGGCGUUUCAAUACGUGAAGGAUCACGGGAUCGGUUCAGAGAAGGAUUAUCCAUAUGAAUCAAAAGACAUUCCAAUCUUAUUCCCGAUUCGUUUUCCCUGUCGAAGCGAUACUACAAAGGAUGUCAUUGCGCCCCAUUCUAUAAGCUAUGUGCACGUGACGCCGAAAUCGAAACCAUCACUUCUGGCAGCGAUAGCUGUUAUUGGACCAGUUAGUGUUUCUGUUGAUGGAGGGUCGCCUGCCUUCCAACACUAUGGUGGAGGGAUUCUGAGUUCUAAUUGCUCGACGAUGCUGGAUCACGGUGUUCUCGCAGUUGGCUAUGACCUGGAAGCAGCUGAGCCUUACUAUCUUGUGAAGAACUCUUGGGGAGCUGAUUGGGGAGAGAAAGGUUACAUCAGGAUCGCCAUUGACGAUACACCCGAGGGUCUGUGCGGCAUCUUGCUCGAUUCAACCUACCCCAUUGCACCUCGAAUGCACUACUAG